AUGCCUCACAACAGAGUUACUAUUAUUGGUUCUGGUCCAGCUGCCCACACAGCUGCCAUCUACUUGGCCAGAGCUGAGAUGAAACCUACUUUGUAUGAAGGUAUGCUUGCCAAUGGUAUCGCUGCCGGUGGCCAAUUGACCACCACUACUGAAAUCGAGAACUUCCCAGGUUUCCCAGAAGGUCUAACAGGUACUGAGUUGAUGGACAGAAUGAGAGCUCAAUCUACUAAGUUUGGUACCAACAUCAUCACUGAGACCAUCUCCAAAGUGGACCUAUCUGCUAAGCCAUUUAAGCUAUGGACUGAGUUCAACGAAGAUGGCGAACCAAUUACCACUGAUGCCAUUGUGAUGGCCACUGGUGCAUCUGCCAAGAGAUUAGACUUGCCAGGUGAAGACAAGUACUGGCAACAAGGUAUUUCCGCAUGUGCUGUCUGUGACGGUGCUGUUCCAAUCUUCAGAAACAAGCCAUUGGCCGUUGUUGGUGGUGGUGACUCUGCUUGUGAGGAAGCUGAGUUCUUGACUAAAUACGGUUCCAAGGUGUUCAUGAUAGUCAGAAAGGAUCACUUACGUGCCUCGACCAUCAUGCAAAGACGUGUCGAGAAGAACGAGAAGAUCGAGGUCUUAUUCAACUCCGUAUCCCUUGAGGCUAAAGGUGAUGGUAAGUUCUUAAACGCAUUGAGAAUCAAGAACGUUAAGACCAACGAAGAAUCCGAUUUGCCAGUUAAUGGUCUAUUUUACGCCAUUGGUCACAACCCAGCCACUGAUAUUGUCAAGGGUCAAGUUGAGACUGACGAGAGUGGUUACAUCAAGACUGUCCCAGGUAGCUCUCUAACUUCUAUCCCAGGUUUCUUUGCCGCAGGUGAUGUCCAAGACUCUAGAUACAGACAAGCUAUCACCUCCGCUGGUUCCGGUUGUAUGGCUGCACUAGAUGCUGAGAGAUACUUGACUGAAUUGGAAUAA